AGACUAGGUCUGGAACAAGGACUCCCUGCUGCCUCUUCUAGGAUCCUUUCCCUGCUGUUACUUGCAUUGGGUGAAUCAUGCCCUAAAGUAUGUUUCAUGGAGGAACAAAAGAAUUGCCUGAGAUCUAUGUAUGUCUUUAAACAGGAGCUCCAGAACUAACUGCUUCCGAAACACAGAACCUUAAAAGGCCUAAUUCUGGUCCCUAAUGAAAAAAUAUGCAACUGUGUAAGCCUUAGGACCUGAGGGCUGUUAUUACACCCACACUUAGUGUGAUUCUCCAUCUUUUCAUCUAUGGAUUGCAAAACCUGUUUUUUUCAAUUUCAGCUCCCUAAAAUUCCAUUUUGUGAUAAAUUUGGAACAAACCAAUGUUGGUGCAAAUUAUCAUUAGUGUCUUUGGGAAGUGAUUUCAUUGCUAGGAAACUUUGCCACCAAUUUGCCCAAGGUAAAUAGGCACUUUGGCUCUCCUAGAAUAAAGAAUUGGGGUGGUCAACUUGGAAAACUUUGGAGGUAAAUAGAUAAUAACUCCUGGCAGGCAAUAACAACAAAGGUUUCUAUGAGGUUGAAUCUCUGCAGAGAGAGAACUUGUCUGAGAGCUUAACAUUUUGUUUUCAAGUUUUCUUUUCUUGUGCCAUAAUUCUGAGUUUUGUCUUCCUGCCUUCAUGAGAGACAGCAGCCAUGUCAACUUCCCUGGUAUUGGAUAAAUAACAUAGUAUAAAAAUCCAGCAGAAGGAAAUCCUUAGAGGGCUGUUAAGAACUAGCUUGAGUCCAUGAAACUGGAUAAGAAAUAUAAACCGGGAUUCAAGUUUUGUUAUACUAGUUAGCUAAAUACCUUUCCUUGUUUUGUUUUGGUGCAUGCCAUUGUCCCAGAUUUUCAUGUGAGCCUAAUGAAGGAAGUACAAAGAAGUAUAUACAAAAGUGGUGCAUCUUAAACUCUGCUUUUUAUGUUAAGGAUCAUGUUCUCAUAGUAAUAUGCUAGUGAUUAUACAUUAGAUUGUACUUUUUCAGAUGAAAUGUGACAAGGAAAGCUGCUCUCUCUGGGUAAUCUUUUCUGAAGCUUAAAAUGAAGAAAAAUAAUUGAGAUGACUAGCAAAAUUCAUGCUGGAUUUUAUUUUUUCUCCUUACCCCAAUCUGUCAACCAAAUGGUGCUUCCUUAGGCUUGUUUUCUAUUUUAACUGUCGCAAACCGAUGGGGCCAUUCUCCACAAACUGGUAGAACUGGGAGAAAAUAAGGGCAGCUGACAAUGGUAUAUGGCUUAUUUAAUUUAAAAGCUUCUCAGCUCACAUUUGUGGUAAUUUAAUUUCAUGUUUUUCAGUUAAAUGCAGAAUACAUGGGACAUGAUUGCCUCAAAUUUCACCCUCAUUAAAAUCAAAGACAGUUACUGUAAUGCAACUUGUCAGAACAUCAUGCAGAUCUUAACUUUAUGAUAUUACUGCCUUUUACUGUUCUGCUCAGAGGGGGCAACAAACUAUUGCAGAUCUAGGAUCCAAGAGAACUUCAGCUCUGAGGUGUAAUACUGAGGAAGAAAUGUAUUGUAUUAGCAUAAAAGUUCUGAAAGGAAAAACUGGGAGGCAAUCAGAUUAUUACUACUUAAAUGCACUUAAGCUUUUUGACCUUUAAGCCAUCGGUGUUUGCUGGUAGAGGAGAAACUAGCAAGAGAAACAGCUUAAUUUCUCCAAGCUUAAGACAUACAGCAAUCCUGACUGCUGUGGAAAAAGAGAGUCCCAGCAGAAAUAAAAUAGCUGGAGAGUUCAGGAUUCAUCCCAAACUGGAAUGCUGUAUGACUCAUUUGGGAUGAAGAGAAAUGCUUUAAAUUUAGACAUACAAUAACAAAACAUUGCAAUGGAUUUCCAGCACAGAUUAUGGUUGUUGAUAUAUCAGGUUUUCUCAUUACACCUUGAGAUGUUUAGAUUCUUAUAAGCUUGGCUAUUCUUUUCUGAUUUCCAUACAUAAAGAUGCAGUCUGAGGCUAGAUUAAAUGGUUCAGACACUAAAUGGUUCAAACUCUUGUUCUUGGUUUUUUGGCUGAAGAUGGGAGUGUAUCUCCUAGGCAAUGUAGGCAACUCGCUUCUAGGCAACCCUUUAAAAUUUUGCAAACAGAGAAAUUUAUGAAAUUACUCUGUCUGAUUUGUCACAUAUCUGUGGACUUAACAAUGCCUCUACUUAAUCCCUUCAGUGCUUUGCUGUCACUGUUGAUGGUAACAAGUUCCAUUAACACAGAUAAGACUGAAGAGAAAAUUUAUUCCUGCGCAGUAAUUCAGUGCAGUGCUCCUGCAGUCCAUGUCUUACCAGGCAGAGAUGGAAGAGAUGGUCCCAAAGGUGAAAAGGGAGAACCAGGACAAGGACUGAGAGGUCUACAUGGUUCCCCUGGAAAAAUGGGACCUCCAAGAAUAAAAGGAGACUCAGGACCACAAGGAGAGAAAGGAGAAUGUGGAAGUGUAGUAACUGAUGACCUGCUGAGACAAGUAACUGCUUUGGAAAUAAAAGUACAGAUUUUGGAGGCUGAACUAAAUAGAUAUAAAACAGCUUUGAUUUUGAAGAACAUCAAGAGUACUGGUAAAAAAAAUAUUUGUCUCAACUGGAAAAGAAGAUAUUUUGACAAUGGAAAAUCCCUUUGUGUGCAAGCUGGAAGUGUCCUUGCCUCUCCUAUGAAUGAGGCUGAGAAUACAGCUUUGAAAGACUUAAUGAGGCCUUCAAAGAAUGCUUAUCUGGGGAUAUCUGAUGAACAAACUGAAGGCAGGUUCAUGUAUCUGAAUGGAGAGGCUGUAACUUACACAAGCUGGAAAGCUGGAGAACCAAAUAAUGUAAAAAAUGAAGACUGUGUAGUAAUACAAGACUCUGGAAAAUGGAGUGACAUUAGUUGUUCAGAUUCUCAUGCUUUAAUUAUUUGUGAACUCUUGAGUUGAUUAAUCCAAGAAAAUCCAAAAGUUUUGCUCUCAGUUUUGUGGUUGAUAUAGUUUGUUCCCAUAAGAGUGGUCUGGAUUAACCAGAACCUGAGUGUGUUUAUAAUUGUUUUCUCUUUGCUAUUCAGUUUUUAAUCUCCUAAUAAAAACCUGAUUUAUUCUUUUCAA